AUGGAAAGCAUUCUGGAAAGGUAUGAGCGAUACUCUUAUGCAGAGAAACAGCUCAUUGGAAUUGAUUCUGUACCACCACAGGAAAGCUGGUCUCUCGAGUAUCCAAAGCUGAUAGCUAAAAUUGAGGUCUUAAAUAGGAACAUAAGGCACUAUGUGGGAGAAGAUCUUGAUCCCUUGAGCAUGAGAGAGCUUCAAAGUUUGGAGCUACAGCUUGACAAUGCUCUCAAACGAAUACGAACAAGGAAGAACCAACUUAUGCACGAAACCAUUUCCGAGCAUCAGAAAAAGGAGAAGACAUUGCAGCAGCAAAACAGCCUACUGGAAAAGAAGCUCAAGGAGAUUGAGAAGAAUAGGGCUGAGCGGCAGGAGCAAGAAACCUUAGGCCAAAAUUCAACCACCUUCAUGUUGCCUCCACCUCCACCACCACCACCACCAUUUCCACAGCUUACUUCUCUAUCAAUUGGUGGCACUUUCCAGGGUAGAGAAGGCUUAAGCAGAGAAAAUGGAGUUCAAGCUGGACCACCCUGUUCUAACUCGGCCAUACCACCUUGGAUGCUUAGUCUUGUUAACCAAUAA